AUGAUGUCAUGUCGUCUCGCUCUGAACUCGCAAUCCUUUCAUUUCUACCUGUUGCGCUGUUACAAAAACCCGGUCCUUAGGGCCGCUACCUUACGUGAACUGAAUGAGAAUUGCGGGAGACUACGGCUCGGCCCAUAUAAAGAUAGGGCAAGGGCUAUUAUACAAGACGACGACGCAAACCAAACCUCGUCAAGAGUCUUCGGACACUUGGCAGUAUUUACCGUGGGGAUGUUGAGCAAAAAAUGCACGCCUAUCACGAAGCUCGAUCGUGACGUGGCUGACAUUCGCUGCGCAUGCGCGGUCCGUGAUCUUGGCAAUGGUGGCUGCGCUGCGGCAACCAGCGCUAUUGCGGUCGCUGUACCCGGUACCCGCCCCGAGCGCCCCGCUCUUACCCCCGCAGCCACCCGCGCAUGCCGCAGCCUUUUGACAACCGGUAUACGUAGUCAACUUUGUCGUCGCAUUGAACCCUCGUCAAGUUGUGAUUAUGAUUAUGCCACACUCGAAACAGCUAAAACACCAUGGUACUCGCCUGUCUAUUUUUUAGUCGAGGGUUAUCCAGUCAAUGGAAUGGUGCAUCCUUAG